AUGUCGUCUACUUAUGUCCACUAUUCGACUCCCUCCUCGCUUCCCUCAGACUAUGCCCUCCUUUCUCGUUACGCCGCUGCCCAUCGCGCCCAAGACGUUCAAAACACUGACGACCGCAACGACUCUGAGCACGUAUUCUCCGACCACGACUCCGUACCAGACGCCCACCCCCACGGGUUAGCCAUUCCGAACGCCAGCUCGCCCGUAUCUCGUCGUCGCAGCUUCCCCACCUCCUACAUCACCCCUUUCAAGCCAACAAUGGGGCCCCUCCCAGACUCCUCUGGCUACCGCUCAGGCCCGCCCGACCCCAAUGCGUCCGAAACGACACCACUCUUGACACCCUACGUCCCCCGUAUUGAGGAAGAAGUCGACCGUAUCGACGGGAAUGAUGUUGCACGUCCCGUUAGCAUGCUUAGGGAGGAACUUGCCAUCCUCCUCAAGUACACGCUCCCAGUGUUCGGAACUCAUGUCUUGGAGUACUCCCUUGUGAUCGCAUCCGUCGUGUCACUAGGACACCUGUCCACAAUGGCCCUCGCAGCCUCCACUCUAGGCUCCAUGACGGCGAGUGUCACAGGCUUCAGCAUCAUUCAGGGCUUCACAAGCACCCUGGACACCAUGCUGCCUGGCGCGUGGACGUCGUCCCAACCGCAGCUGGUAGGCCUCUGGUCCCAGAGAAUGGUGUGGGGUCCCGAGCCCUUUCGUCUGGGCUUCAUAGGAGCCCCAAUCGCAACUGCUAUCUCAUUCAACCUCAUCUCGAUUGCGUCGAUUGCAUAUGGUAUCUUCUAUGUACCCAGGACCGCGUGGCAUCCGCUUUCGCGUCGUUGCUUCACGAGCCUUGGUGUAUUGGUUCACCUUGGUCUCGCCGGAGUUGGCCAGACUGCAUCGGAAUGGUGGUCCUGGGAGCUAGUGGGCCCUUGCUUAUGGUUCCACCACAGGCUCGGCCCCAUCGCGCUCGCGACACAAUCUGUCUUGCUCGUCUCAGCUUCGACCACCUACCAGGCGCCCUUCGCGCUGAGCGUGGCUACAUCCGUGAGGUACCUAUCCCUCGGUUUGCAUCUCUCAAUCGGCAACCUGCUCGGCGAAGAAAAGGCGAAACGCGCCGGCGUCGCCGCAAAGGCCUCGAUUUUCAUGUCCCUCGGCAUCAGCUUGGUGUGGAGCGCGAUGUUCCUGAUCUUCCGGCGGUCUUGGGCGUAUCUGUUCAACGACGAUCCCGAGGUCGUCACGCUCGUGGCAUCUAUCCUGCCCGUCGUCGCGCUCUUCCAGGUCUUCGACGGCCUCGGCGCGGUCACGGGGGGCAUCCUCCGCGCCGCCGGCAAGCAGUUUACCGGCGCGCUUCUGAACCUGAGCGCAUAUUACGUGAUCGGCAUCCCCUUCGGUCUCUGGCUCACGUUCUGGCAAGGCAUGCAGCUGCACGGGCUGUGGCUCGGCCUGACCGUCUCGUUGGUCUACUGCGCCGCCGCGGGCGUAUGGAUCUGCCUGCGGACGGACUGGUACAGGGAGGUGGAGAAGGUCAAAAAGCGCGUGGCGGACGACCAGAAGAACGGCCUUGCCGACGUCGAAGCGCAUCAUUGA